AUGAGCUUAAUGUCUCUUUGUGGGAAAAAUGAGAACCACCUGAUUGAGAUCUUGAAUGAGGCUGCUCAAUCUAAAUCAUUAAAGAAGAAUUUGUACAUGGAUUGGGAUUGGAAGAUUAAGCUGGCUCUUCCAAAUCUUCUCAUUCCACUGCUUUUUGCCUUGGGAAACCCGAUGGAUCAAGUCAAUCCAAGAGUGGGGGUGAAAUGGGAUGUGCUAGAAUCUGGGUGGAGCAAGGUAAACUUCGAUGGUGCUUCUGCAGGAAAUCCGGGUCAAAGUGGUAUUGGUUGUAUUUUGAGGGAUUCUGAUGGUAUCUGUAUAAAAGAAAUCUCUGAAAAGAUUGGAGUUGCUACUAACAAUGAAGCUAAAUUUAGAGCAGCUUUAAGAGGUCUUUAG